AUGUUUCGCAGUAGUGCACGUGCCUUUGCCAAUGAUCCAAAAGCCGAUCAACAACUCUCAUUACAUUUUGCUGAUGAAUUAUCAAAUAAUAAAAUGAUUCGAUUUAUAUAUCAAGGUCGAGAAUUACAAGAUCGAGAAACUCUUCGUACAUAUAAUAUUCGUGAUCAAACAACAAUACAUUGUCAAAUAAGUGCAAGACGUCAUGAAUCAACAAAUCAAAGAAAUGAUGGAAUAUCAUCUGGAACACAUAUAAAUCAAAAUGGAUUUGAUACAUCAACAUUUAUUGAUUCAUCACCUGUUAAUAUUUCGUCACAUUUUAUUCUUUUAUUAACAUUAAUUCUUGGAUUUGUAUGGUAUUUACGUAUUAAAUAUCGUGUUCUAUUUUCGCCUAUAUCAAGUGUCAUUCUUGUAUUAAUAACACUUAUAUUUUUAAUAUUUACAUGUGGUUCUUUCUUAGCAACACGUCGGCAAUUAUUAAAUAUUCGACAACCAACAACAACAAUUGCUAUAACACCAAUACAACAUGUUCAUCUUGAUUAA